AUAUGCAGACUGGUAACACCAUAUUCGCCGCCCUCGGUCUGGAUGGUCAACCCAAAGCGAGUCACCGUCGACAAUACUACAAGUCACUCACGGCAAUUGGAUCCUUCUGCGUGGGAACACUAUUCUUCAGUGCCCUUCACCGUUUCCCCACUGGGCUUUCAGAGCAACCAUCCUCACGACGUCGUUCCAUCUUCGUUGUUUCCUUCUCUAUACAGACGGUCCUCAUCGCCGUACCGUCGCUUCUCGUGACACUGGACCUGGUCUCCAACCAACCUUUUGUCCCUGGCUCUUUCUCAUCUGGCAGUAACGAUGCCGUGGAUACCUUGACCAACUUUCUCGACUUGUGUCCGGUCGCUCUACUUUCGUUCCAGGCCGCAGGGCAGACGACCCUUUCGAGACUCCUCGCCGUCCUGGACAUGCCUACGAUCGUGUUGAGUGCGCUGUACUUUGACUUCACCGCCGAUAUGUACUCGCUUCAGAGUUCAUGGAAGAGAAGCACGUCACUCUGGAACUUUGUGAACGUACAUCAGAAGAGACAGGGACAGAGGUUCCUCUGCAUUGUGGCGCUUUUUUUGGGUGGCAUAACGGGCGGAUUAAUGUACAAGUCCCAGGCGGGCAUGGCGGGGGCUUUGUGGUCGGCUGCUGCGUUGAAAAUGUUGAUCGUCGUGGGGUGGACGGUUUGGCCUGAAGAAAAGCACGAAAGGACAUUGCCACAGUGAGGGAGGUUCAAUGAUAUGAACACUCCAAUUUUGAAGACCCAAACGUUGAAUGAAGUGUCCUCGGCGCGAAAGAAGAUCGAUGAGCGACAUGAUGGGUGUGGUUUUGAGCUGAGCUGGACUGAACUGAAAUGAUCUGAACGGAGCUGAAUGCCGGAAUGGUAUUACGAUGAUGGGCUUUGAUAUCAACGACGACAAACGAUGAGAAUAAUGACUGUGACGACCAAGACUAGAAUAGAGAUAUGGCAAACGGUCAUAGAGCUUGAGAAAGAUACACAAAU